GUCACUGGCGUCGAUGGCGUGGGUGGAUCUGGGACAUAUUUACUUUGAGAUCAAUGCCCCCCAGCACCACGUCCUGCUGCACAAGCAGCCAGGCACAGGCCAACGCCAGGCUCGACAGUGCUGCUGGAGGCUGCUGGCAAGUGUGCGCAGGCAGCGCAGCAGCUGGACUCGAUGAGUGUGCGUGCUUACAAUAUGCAGGGAGUGGUGGCGACGAUGCUCCAAUCAGCCGGCGAUUGCGCAACACGCGUUUAUUGUUGCGUCACGACUGGCGCCGGGCAGCGCGGUCCCAUGGGUGAAUCUGGGAUUCCUGUACUUGCAGAAUGACGAUGUGGAGCUGGCGAACAAGGCGUUCUCGCACGCGCAGAUUGUGGACCCCGAGUUCAUGCCCGCAUGGCUGGGCCAGGCGAUGAUUGCGGAGACGCUCGGGUAUGCGGACAGCAUGGUGCUGUUCGAGCACUGUCUGCUCUCGGCGGGCGUGUCAAAGGCUGUUGGGGAUUUUGGCUACGCCAAGCAAGUCUGGCAGGCGGCGGUUCGUAAGAAUGCAGGCGAUAAGACGUUGGCGCAGCAGCCUGUGAAGACUGGGAGUACUGGAGACCACGCGCUGCUCUCAGCCAGUGAGCAGAGCCGCCUGACGCUAGCCAUCUACGCAGCCCGCAGGUACGUCGAGCGCUCAGGAGAUGGCGAUGGCGCUGGUCAUCAUCUGCUGGGGCUGCUGCUUGAGCAGAACGCCCAGUACGAGGAUGCAGCAGACGCCUAUGCAGCGGCGCUUGCGCGCGUUGCGGAGACAAGCGACAGCAAGCGGAUAUGGAUUGGUCUUGCGCACCUGGGCCGUGCGCUGUGUAGUGCUGGGCGCUGCGCCGAGGCGUCCGAUGUCUAUGACAGAGCGGCCGAGCUGCAGGCGUCUGUGGAGAUCAACAGCCGGCAGGCUUUCUAUGCGACGCUGGGCCACAGCCUGGCGCUGUUUUUCGCUGAGCGGCUCGAGGAGAGCCUGGGGCUGUUUGAGCGGGCGCUGGAGCAGAGCGAGGCAGUGCCGGCGCUGCGGCCGGUGGUAGCGGUGAUGCUGGCGCAGGUCCUGUGGGCGCUGGGCAGCGAUGAGCACCGUAUGCUGGCCCGCCAGCACCUGCUGGAGGUGAUGGCUGACCACACAGGCUUCCUGCCAGGGCUGGCCACGCUGUUUGGCAUCGGGCUGCUGCAGGGGGACGGCGAUCUGAUAGCCGCCACUUUCCCGGAUGCCCAGCUGUGGGUGCUGCUGGCGCAGUUUGAGCUGCGGUGCGGCCAGCACACGCAGGCAAUGCAUGCGGCCAACUCGGCGCUGUCAGUGUUCAGCCAGGCCACCCGCGGCCAGUUCUCGUGGAGCGCUGCUCCUUCGCGUGCACUCAGCAACUCGGCCACGCUCGGAGUCGUUGUUGGCGCGUCGGCCGUCAGGGCAAUGGCUGCCGGCCCGGGUCAGCCCGCAGUGGCCAAGUCUGCCGCCAGGCGGGCAGUGAUGUAUCAGCCGUGGGCGGAGGCCGCGUGGAGUGCGCUGCGUGGCGACUGAAAUAAAGAGCCUGGAUGAGCUGAUAGAAACGAUAAAUCUCGCUGUGACCUGCAUCGCAUGCAGACGCUGCUGUAAUUAUACCCGCAUAAGGAGACUGCAGCUGUAGCAUCUCUCGCCCACCCCUCCUCAGAUCGGACUGAACAUGGUGUGGUGGCAGCGAGGAAACGUGUCGGCGAUUGCGUCUUUGUUGAUAUCUAUUUUUGCCAAGCGGCAGCACAAGAUGCGGUGGGCACCGGGGAAAUUAGGCUUC